AAAUUGUCGAUGCAGGUUACUUGUUUGUGUUUAUCCGUUGAGAGAGUUCGGCUCGUAAUAAACCGAUUUUAGUGUGAUUCUGGCUGUAUUUUUAGAAAUUGUAGGGUAUUCCUGGAAGAUUAAUAACAGCUCCACCUCGACAAGCUUACAAUAGUAGUAUUGUCGGCGAAGACGCGGAGAAAAAGAAGAAUACAAAAGACAGGGAGAGGAGAGUGUGUAGAGAUGUCGUCUGCAGGGUUGAGGCGACUACUAUCAGCUGGUGGGAGUCAGUUGAGCUCCAACCUCUUGAGUGUUCGUAUACGUUCUCUCUCUCUCGCCACCACAAUGGAACAACGUGUCGUCACUCUCGAAUCUGUGAACCCCAACGUGAUAAAGAUGGAAUAUGCAGUGCGCGGGCCAUUGGUCAUCCGCGCAACUGCAAUAGAAAAAGAACUAGAGGCGGGUGUGAGUAAACCGUUCAAGACGGUGACCAAGGCCAACAUCGGCGAUGCACAUGCCAUGGGCCAGAAGCCCAUCACUUUCCUCAGACAGGUGGUGUCUCUGUGUUUGAUGCCAUCCCUUAUGGAUGACCCCUUCAUUCCCUCUGAUGCCAAGGAGCGUGCCCGUGCCAUACUGAAUGGCUGCAAAGGUGGUUCCCUGGGCUCCUACAGUGACUCUCCUGGCAUCGAGAUCAUCAGACACCACGUGGCAGAAUAUAUCGAGAGGCGGGAUGGCUUUCCUUCCAACUGGGAAAAUAUAAUCCUCUGUGCUGGUGCCUCUGAAGGAAUCAGGGGAAUAAUGAAGAUGAUGAUCAAGCAUGAAAAUGGAAUUAAACCUGGAGUAAUGAUCCCCAUCCCUCAAUACCCACUUUACUCUGCAACUAUAGCAGAGUAUGAUCUCCACCAGAUUGGUUACUACUUAAAUGAGUCGACCAACUGGGGGCUGGACAUUUCAGAGUUGGAGCGUGCUUAUAAUGAAGCCAAAGAAGUGAGCUAUCCGAAAGUAUUGGUUGUUAUUAACCCUGGAAACCCAACAGGCAAUGUACUGAGCAAAGAGAAUAUUAAAGGGAUCAUUAAAUUUGCCUACGAGAAGAAGCUCUUCCUUUUUGCUGAUGAGGUAUACCAAGACAAUGUUUAUGCCAAAGGCUGUAAAUUCCACUCGUUCAAGAAAUUAAUAAUGGAAAUGGGUGCUCCAUAUAACAAAAUGGAACUUGCUUCCUUCAUGUCCUGCUCCAAAGGAUACAUGGGUGAAUGUGGCUUGAGGGGAGGCUAUGCAGAGCUCAUCAAUGUAGAUCCUCAAGUAAAGGCAUUGUACCUAAAAAGUAUCUCUGCAAAGCUAUGCCCAACAACCCUUGGUCAGGCUGUGAUGGAGUGUGUUGUGAACCCACCACAAGAGGAAGAGCCUUCAUAUAACCAAUUCAUGGAGGAAAAACAUGCUGUCCUGUCAUCUCUUGCUAAGCGUGCUGAGAUGGUUGUGGAAACCUUCAAUUCAGUUCCAGGAAUGUCAUGCAAUAUUGUGCAAGGAGCUAUGUAUGCCUUCCCCCAGGUAAAAUUGCUUAUAUCUUUGGAAUAUUUAUUAAACUCAUAAUUUGUAGACCUUUAC